AUGUUCGCAUCCUCUACUGGCAAUGCCACCAUCGUCAACCGGGCCGACUCCGCCAACUCCUCGGCCGUCCUCGAAGCAGCGGAGCACCUGCACCCCUGCGAGCUGAGCAGCUGGGAGCUCACGGUGGCGCGCAUCGCGUACGACACGAUGUGUCGGCGGAAGAAGCAGGGGCUGAAGCUGGUGCCUGCAACCGUCAAGGAGGCAUUCGAGGGCGCGGGCUGGAGCAUACCGGAUGAGACGGCGUUCGAGGCCGUCAUGCGGGAGCGCAACGCCGUUUUCGCGGACCACUUCGAUCUCCACGACGUCAUCGACGCCAUGGAAGCGAUCAAGGGCACCCAGAUCCAUGAGCCGAACCCGGAGCUGCCCCUGGCCUGGUGCGCGAUGGGGGGCGCCCCUGACCUGAGCGGGUGCGUACCGCUCGACAACAUCAAGAGCGUCGUGGAGCUCUUCGAGCUGAGGAUCAACCUGGACGACGCGCUGCCCAAGGCCGACGGGGCCGGGCUCACCUACCAGCAGUUCUCGGCUCUGCUAGGUUGA